AGGGUUGACUCGCUUUCCCCGCUCUAGUUUAGAGGCCAUCUUUAGAGCCUGUGGGCCUGUAGCAGAGAUCCGGAGACCCGCGGAGACUACGCGCAGCUCUGCCUCUGCAGGGUGAGCCCAAACCGCCGCGCUGGCUAGAGCACCCCGCUGAAGGAGCUGGAGCUGGAGCUGGAGCUGGAGGAGGAGCUGCAUGGCGCUGUGAGUGAGGAUGGCCACCGCAGCGGUCUGGUCAUCCUGCGUGUGCGAGACCGGCUGAGACGAAACCUCGGGCUGGAUGCUGUUUAUGUAUUUCUGUGGUGUUGCUGAAGAGGACCUCGGCGCAGGUUCGCACCGCACUCGACAGAGUGGAGCUUCCUGACCCAUGGAGAAUUACUUCCAGGCUGAGGCCUUUAACCUGGACAAGGUGCUGGACGAGUUUGAGCAGAACGAAGAUGAAACGGACACCCCCACUCUUUCGGAUGCUAAGUGGACCCAGAUUCUUGCCCCGCCGGCUCACCUCCUGUCCCUGAACCCUGCUUUGACCCACGCUGACCUCAGCCCACGUGAUAGCCCUAUUAACUUCAAGCCUCUGUUGGAGCCGCCGAGCUCUGGCGGCUCCUCUCUGGCGGAGGUCACUGGGCCAGAUGCGAAGCAAGGUCCUGGGCUUCCGCCAGAGGUUUGGAAUGAAGAACGGCCAGCGGACGUCCACAGUCCUCCUUUGCUUCAGCCCAACAUUGGCAAGCUGGUAAGUGCUGACGGCCAAGCUUUGGAGUCUCCACCUUUCACUAGGGCGACGCUUGAGAACGGGUGUCCAUCUGUUCCGAAUUGCAACGGACUUACCGAGGUUCCUCAGCCCAGUGAUGUUCCAGGUCCUCCUGCCACAGACCCGCCCAGCCCUCUGGGAUUGGGUCCUGGUACCCAUAGGGACCAGCAGGAUGAUCUUGCUGAGGGGGACAGUGCCUGUUUCAAUGAUGCUCAUUUCUCGUUUCCUGAGGAAAGACCUCAGGAGCUGGGCUUGAAGAAUGGUGCUUCACCAGCUGAGAUGGAGACUAUAGGGGCAAGCAAAGUUGACGAUGGGUUAUCUGCUGGCGUCCUGGAAGCUGGAAGAGUGGAGUGUAGUUUUGGGCUUCCAGAAGGGAGCAGUUCUGAGACAGUUUUACAAGAGACUGGUAAUGGCACUCAAGAACUGGUGGCAGACCAAGAGUGUCCAAUGGGUGCCUUUCAGAAUGGUAACACAAGUGAGGAGAAGGACAGCUGGGAUGUACAUCAGAAAGGAAAAGCAAUGAAGAAUCCAGAGGAUUCUUCUGUAGUUGAAUCACCACAGGCCGAGAGAUCUGAGCCCAAUGGUGUGGUGGAGGGACACGACAGAGAAAGACCUUUGCGGCAUCCAGCCCCUUCCAAGGAGGACUCUGUGACCGAAGAGAAGGAGAUGGAGGAGAGCAAGCAGGAGUGCUGCGAACCUGGCCGAGGGUCGGAGAUUAGUGGGGGAGGAAGCAAACUCAACAACGGCCGCCUGCAGCUGGUCAGUGUUCCCUAUGGUGGCGCAAGGCCCAAGCAACCUGUCGGCCUAAAGUUGCAGAUACCCCGGCCUCUCUCGGGACAAGUCCAAAAUGAGCUUGGUUCCACUGGCAGGAACAAGAACCUGGAGGCCCAGUGCAGGACAGGUGGCCUUGAUCCUUCUUGCGGGGGUUUGGACUCUGGGGCUGGGAGGAUGAACGGGGAAAGUGUUGAAAGUUCCUCAGGCUUGCACAUUCCCUCAGAGAACCCGGACAACGAUCUCCAGGCAGGCCAGCAGGGAGCUCUCUCUCGGAAGCCCUUUAACUCCCUGGGGGAAGUGGCUCCUGUGUGGGUGCCGGACUCUCAAGCACCUAUCUGCAUGAAGUGUGAGGUCAAGUUCACCUUCACCAAGAGAAGGCACCACUGCCGAGCCUGCGGCAAGGUGUUCUGUGCUGCGUGCUGUAGUCUGAAGUGCAGGCUCAUGUACAUGGACAGGAAGGAGGCGCGGGUCUGUGUGACCUGUCACCACACGCUGAUGAACGCUCAGUCAUGGGAGAACUUAGUCAGCAGCUCUAAUCAGAGCCCGAACCCCAAUAACCCAGCGGAGUACUGCUCCACCAUCCCGCCCCUGCAGCAGGCGCAGGCGUCCGGCGCCCUCAGCUCGCCACCACCAACCGUCAUGGUGCCCGUCGGUGUCCUCAAACAGCCUGGCACGGAGGGUUCUCUUCCUCGUGAGCAGAGACGAGUGUGGUUUGCUGAUGGGAUUCUACCCAACGGAGAAACUGCAGACUCCACUAAAGCACCUGCUCCAAACCCCAGCCAGUCGCAGCCUCUGACUGUGUCCCAGUACUCCAACAAAUCCACCGCAGCCAGCGCGCAUGAGGCAGCCCAUGCCCCUGGAGCUCCGACGGGCAGCCCCGUAGGCAGCUCGGUCAGUUUGAUCCCGGAGGACGGCCUUCCUCCCAUCCUCAUCUCCACCGGCGUCAAAGGAGGUACGGGAGGCCACAUCUCAGAUUACGCUGUGGAGGAAAGGCCUUCAGAGAUCCUGUUACUGCAGCAGCUGGAGGAGGGGGGCCCGGACCCUCUGGUGUUCGUACUGAACGCCAACCUGCUGGCCAUGGUCAAACUGGUCAACUAUGUAAACCGGAAGUGCUGGUAUGUGACGACGAAGGGCAUGCACGCCGUGGGUCAGGCCGAGGUGGUGGUGCUACUGCAGUGCCUGCCGGAUGAGAAGAGCAUUCCAAAGGACAUUUUCAGCCACUUUGUGCAGCUCUACCAGGAAGCCCUCACAGGGAACGUGCUGAGCCACCUGGGUCACUCGUUCUUCACUCAGAGUUUUCUGGGCAGUAAGGAGCACGGAGGGUUCCUCUACAUCAGCCCCACCUUCCAGUCCCUGCAGGACCUGCCCCUGCCCAACCCUCCCUACCUCUUCGGCGUCCUGGUGCAGAAGUGGGAGACCCCCUGGGCCAAAGUCUUCCCCAUCCGCCUCAUGCUGCGCCUGGGGGCUGAGUACAGAUUCUACCCCUGCCCUCUGUUCAGCGUGCGCUUUAGAAAACCUCUGUUUGGAGAAACUGGUCAUACCAUCAUAAACCUGCUGGCGGAUUUCCGGAACUAUCAGUACACGUUACCGGUGGUCAGAGGGCUGGUGGUGGAUAUGGAAGUGAAGAAGACCUGCAUUAAGAUACCCAGCAAUCGCUACAAUGAGCUCAUGAAGGCCAUGAACAAGUCCAACGAGCACGUGCUGGCUAUGGGCGCGUGCUUUAACGAGCGGGCGGACUCGCAUCUCGUCUGUGUGCAGAACGAUGACGGAAACUACCAGACGCAGGCCAUCAGCAUUCAUCACCAGCCUCGCAAAGUUACGGGCGCCUGCUUCUUUGUGUUCAGCGGAGCUCUGAAGGCCUCGUCGGGCUACUUGGCGAAGACCAGCAUUGUUGAAGAUGGAGUGAUGGUGCAGAUCACAGCAGAAACCAUGGAGGCUCUGCGUCAGGCUCUGAGGGAGAUGAAGGACUUCAGCAUUGUCUGUGGAAAGGCUGACCAGGAGGAGAACCAGGAGCACGUCCACAUCCAGUGGAUAGAGGACGACUUAAACUUCAACAAGGGAGUUAUCAGCCCCAUUGAUGGGAAAUCUAUGGAGUCCAUCACUAGUGUUAAAAUCUUCCAUGGCUCGGAGUACAAAGCCAACGGGAAGGUCAUCCGCUGGACAGAGGUGUUUUUUCUCCAGAGUGAUGACCAGCCCAACGGUCUGAGUGACCCAGCCGACCACAGCCGCCUCACUGAGAACGUGGCGAGGGCGUUCUGUAUGGCCCUCUGUCCUCAUCUCAAAUUACUCAAGGAGGACGGCAUGGCCAAGCUGGGACUGAGGGUCACACUGGACUCAGAUCAGGUGGGCUACCUGGCGGGCAGCAACGGUCAGCCGCUGCUCCCUCAGUAUUUGAGUGAUUUGGACAGUGCGCUGAUCCCGGUCAUCCACAGCGGAGCCUGCCAGCUGAGCGAAGGUCCAGUGGUCAUGGAGCUCAUCUUCUACAUCCUAGAGAUCAUCUCCUAAGAGCAGGUUCUCCGUCCUGUCUCUCCUCGCCUGCCUCUCUCUCUCUCUCUCUCUCUCUCUCUCUCUCUCUCUCUCCCUCUCUCUCUCCCUCUCUCUCUCUCUCUCUCUCUCUCAUUUGCACUUCAAAGAGCCUGAAAGCUGUGCUGGGAGAUUAAACAGAAGCAGCAGCAUUUCUCCAGACCACCUAUGCACCAUCUCCUCCACAGUGCACCUCCAUCGGGGCCACGGCUGCAGCCCCUCAGAACGCGGUGCUUUGUUUCUUCUCCACUGUGGAAAAUCUGAGGUCAUGCUGGGUCGAAAUUGGAGCAGAAGGAUUUUUCCAUCUUUCUAAAGCCUCGUUGUAGCAAGCAAAGGCUUACAGAGGUCACAGAGGUCACGAUGCUGGGUCCAAAUGGGAACUUAGGGCUGCACAAUACAGGCAGAAUGUAAGGUUUAGACUCCUGAAGUCGUGCGUCGCGCCCAUGUUAGGAGCUCCGGGUCUGAGCAGGUUUUCUCUAUGAGGAAAAAUGAGUGGCGUUUUGGAAAAUCGCUGCCGUCAAUCCCUGCGGAACGGUGGCCGAGAAGACCCAGCAAACUGCAAAUAAAAAAUGAGCUGCAAACUCAGAAAGCACUUUUAUCAACAUGACUACAUAGGAGCUGCAUUGUACACACACACUGCAAAUACAGAAGCACACGCAACAUCAAAAACACUGAUAAUCCAGUCACAACACAGCAGAGGGGAUUCUGGAGGACACUCAGAGGACGGAGCCACCCAGACUUUUAAAUUCUGUGCAGCACAAACGUUAACCAGUAAAAGUAAGUUAAUUUUAUUUGAGCAGAUUACUGACGUCACUGUAUGGUAAUAGGGAUUAUCUGUAGAGUGUAACUGUAAACGUUUAACUAGUAACACCAGAUUAACCACCACAGCACAGCUACGACACUGCAGAUAGCGAACCAGCCAGCCAGGUUAACCACAAACUCGGGAUGCGAGUGUCCGAGUGGUCUGAUCUGCUUCUGUCAGUGAUUUUACAUCAUAAAUAUUCCAUCUACUUUGAGCUCUUUGAGCCUUCCAGAGACAUUUCCGCUGUGUUGUGACUGGCUUUGCCGUGUUUUCCUCAUUUGCGGUGCCUUUAUGAAAUGUGGCUCUGAUGUCAUGUUGAUGAAAGUGUUUUCUGCGUUUUGCAGCUCGUUUUUAUUUGCAGUUUGUUGGGUCUUCUCAGCCACCGGGAAACAAAAAAGGUUCCGAAGCUGAAAGGUUUUACCGUUUGGACACUGUUCCUGCAGGCUUUUCCAGCUGCACACUGACAUCAUCAGACUGACCUCACCAAAAUACCCCACAGAUACCAGUAAGCUCUGUCUAGUGUGGGUGUUAGAGGCGUGUGGCAGUUCUAGGCUGCAGUUUAAGUAGCUGGUGUUGGUUUGUAACCACGUUGUAGACUAGCUUUCACAUGACUUCAUGUCAGAGUGCAGGAGCGUUAGCUUGUCUGCAGCGUGGAUGUAGCAUCAUUGGUAUUUUGACUCCUUAAAGCGUUUUUGUUUACCACAGGAUGGAGGUAACUUUUGAAAACGCCAUUCAUUUCCCCCACAUAGAGACCAGCUUAGACCCUGAAUUCCUAAUAUGAGCAUAACAGCAACUUCAAAAUGCUUCAGAGGUCUAUUUCAGUUACAUUGCUACAUGUUGCAACUGCAGUGUAUUAAAGUGACACUGGUGAAUUAAAUAAUGUGACAUAAAGACCGGCCUGCGUAAUUCUGACCAAAAUAAUUAGAUGAAUAUUUAUCAGAACACUCACAGAAACUCAUGUGGAACUGUGAUUAGUCAGUAAAACAUAAAGCCAGUUUGGCAGACCUAGAUUAAGCUUAAAUCUAGACUAAGAAGGAUUUCUCGUAGUGAUUCACCCUUGGUGUUGCGGUUUAGUCCAACACUAGGCUUAAUCUGUGUCUGGACCUUACUGACGCUAAGGGAUGAAUUUCAAAAUUUCUGCGUAAUCCAGUGUUUGAGAUGUAAUCAGAGUGAUUCAGAGUGGUUUGGUGUGAAAUGGUUCAGAUGUCUUUACAGUGGUGGUGAUAGGAACCAGGGGUCGCCAUGAC